UUGCAUCGUAUACAGAAGGAUUAUAAGAAGAUAAUUUAAUUUUCAUAUUUUGCAAAAUAUGUCAGCCACAAUAGUCAGAAAAUUUCUGACUUAGACUUAACAUUUUUCAUGAACUUGUGACAAGAUGGAAUUGUCUAUUUGACGAAAGUAUAGGGAUAAAGAAUAAUUCAAAAAGAUGCCACAUCCGUGUGUCGUAUGCGGUCGUUCGCGUAUGAAUCCAAAUAAUAAAGAAGAAGAAUAUAUGUUUUUUGGAUUUCCUGUUAAUGAUGAAACUCGAUGUAGAAAGUGGUUGGAAUUCUGCUGUCGCGAAGAUUUGUAUAAACUUACAAAGAAACAGUUACUUCAAAGAAUGGUUUGCUCUAAGCAUUUUGAACAAAAGGAUUUUUUGAACGAAUAUCUUGAUAGAUUAAACUGUACUGCAGUACCCUCGAUUUAUGAUCCUAAGCAAAGCUUAUACAACAUAACCUGUGUACUAUGUGGUCGAUGUCGUCGAGAUCCACCAGGUUUGGGUUAUGAUGGUGCAACUUUCCAUCACUUUCCUGGUGAAGAAUUUCGAUGUCUAAAAUGGCUUGAUUUUGUUGGUGUAGAUUCAUAUUACAGAUUAACAAGAAAAGAAAUUUUGUUUUGUUACAUUUGUUCAAAACAUUUUGACUGUUCCCAAUUUAUGCCUGGUUAUAAAAGCAGAUUGAUAGACAAUGCAGUUCCCAACAUCAGAAAUCCUGAUCAGUUGGACGGAUCUGAGCAGUAUGUUGUGGAAUUUGUAUCUGAAUCGAAAUAUAGUUCCUCAGAGAAACCUAAGAAAUUAGACCCUUUGCCACCUGCUGUUUUAGAAAGUCAAGCAUGUGCUGCUUGUGGUAGAUCAAGAUCUGAUCCAAUGAAUAAAGUAGAAAGAUACAAAUUCCAUCCUUUUCCUGCUUAUGAGAUUGGCAGGUGCUUAAGAUGGUGUCAAUUUUUGGGUAGAGAAGAUUUAUUAAAAAUGUCUCCAAAUCAAAUAAGAAAGUUGGUACUUUGUUCGAAACAUUUUCAAACAGGACAAAGUUUUCAUAAAGUAGGGCCAUGUGAUGCAGUUCCAACUAUAAAGGAUAUAUCACAAUUGAACUGUACCAAUUCAACAGAAAAAAUUGAAGAUGACCAAGAUGUAUUAGAAGAAUCUAAUUGUACUAAUACAAGUAAAGGAAUUAGAAAGCCAGAUUUUUCAAGACCUUUAGUAUCUAGUAAAAAACCAAAGGUAGCUAAUAAGCCCACUCCUCUUGCUAAGAAACGUGGGAAAUCUAAACGGCCAACUCUUAUUAACAUUCCAAGGCCUGAUCCUAACAAUAUUGAAAAUCGUGUGAUAAGAAAAUUGCCACUUCCUCCUAAUUCUAAUUGGAAAAUCCAAUUUACAGAUCAACUUCAACCUAUAACAAUAGCAAAUCAUAUUACAUCAAAUAUUCCAAAUAAUAUUCAAGGUAACAUAAAAAAAGUGAUUCUACCAUUUACUGGUGAUAUAUCAAAUUUAGGUGCUCCUAUUCCAGUGCAUAGUUUAUCCAGUAUCCCUCCAGGUUUAUUAAUUAAAAUAGAUCUUCCUGAACAAGAGCAACAAAAACCAAUGAAAACUAUGAAUAAUCAGACUAGGACUAAAAUUUUACAUACUCCUACUACCUCUAAUGAAAUUGAUACCAGGCAGCAAGCAUGGGUGAAAAAUGGUGAAGCUUCAGUUACAUUACCAGUUAUAAAGCAAAGUAAAGAUGAAACAGACAAAAAUUUAGUGGAAUUUUUGUCAAACUCUUUAGAAGACACAGAAGACAGUAAAAUGACCAUUGAAGAAUUUGAAGUACACGAAGAAGUUGUAUUGCCACAUACAUUAGAAGUACUAGACGAGGAAGCAGCUAAUGUGAAAGAAGAUCAAUUUUAUGAGGAUUUUGAAGAAGUAGAAUGUUUAUCACCUAAACAACAAAAACCUGUGCGGCGUAAAAAAGUUUCAGGGACAAUGAGAAGGACAAUUUUUCCUAUUAGAAGUGAAGUCAAAUAUUUUUUGCGUAAAUUGGCACCUCACAUGCAUAGACUUCCUAGGAAAGCUAGAGCACAGAUAAAACUUUCAAUUGUUAAUAUGGUAAUUAAUCAUUUGUAAAUUUGCUAAGACAUAAAUAAAUAAUAGUAUUUUUAAGAGUAUACAGUUAAAUCUAAAUACUUUAAACUUAUGCACAUUA